UGGCCGAGGGAGAGCAACUCCGGAGCAGCACGCGUGGCAGAGGAGAGCCGGGCUCGGAGUGCCGGGGUGGCGCAGUGCCGGGGACCUCGCGCCCCGGGCCCCCAGCUCCCCGAAUGAAGACAUUCAGAUGUUGCUGUAAAUACACACUCCAGCAGAAGAUCUUCGUCUUCUUCUUAACGCUGUGGCUGCUCUCCUUGUUAAAGCUUCUAAAUGUGGACCGGCUCCUCUUCCCUCAAAGAGACAUUUACUUAGUUGAAUAUUCCCUAAGUACCUCCCCUUUUGUGAGAAACAGGUUCCCGCCUAUCAAGGAUGAAAUCAGGUAUGAAGUUAACUGCUCAGGGAUCUAUGAACAGGAGCCUUUGGAAAUCGGCAAGAGCCUGGAAAUCAGAAGGCAGAACAUCAUCGACUUGGAGGAUGGCGAUGUUGUGGCCAUGACAAGUGACUGUGAUAUUUAUCAGACCCUAAGACGGUACCAUGAAAAAGUUGUUUCAAGAGAGGAGGAGAGCUUCCCAAUAGCCUAUUCACUGGUUGUCCACAAAGACGCAAUUAUGGUUGAAAGGCUAAUUCAUGCAAUUUACAACCAGCACAAUCUUUACUGCAUCCAUUAUGACCUUAAGUCACCGAACGAGUUCAAAGUUGCCAUGAACAACUUAGCGAAGUGCUUCUCCAAUAUUUUCAUCGCUUCCAAAUUGGAAGCUGUGGAGUACGCCCACAUUUCCAGGCUCCAGGCUGAUUUGAAUUGCCUCUCAGACCUUCUCAAGUCUUCAGUUCAGUGGAAAUACGUCAUCAACCUAUGCGGGCAAGACUUUCCCCUGAAGUCAAAUUUCGAAUUAGUGUCAGAGCUGAAGAAACUCCAAGGGCAGAAUAUGUUAGAAACAGUGAAACCUCCUACUGGUAAAAUGGAAAGGUUUACUUAUCAUCAUGAGCUCAGACCGGUGCCUUAUGAAUAUAUGAGGCUUCCGGUGAGGACAAACAUCUCCAAGGAGGCGCCUCCUCAUAACAUUGAGGUGUUUGUAGGCAGCGCCUACUUUGUUUUAAGUCAAGCAUUUGUUAAAUAUAUUUUCAACAGCUCCCUCGUUGAAGAUUUUUUUGCUUGGUCUAGAGAUACAUACUCUCCCGAUGAGCACUUUUGGGCUACCUUAACCCGGAUACCAGGAAUACCUGGAGAAAUUUCCAGAUCAGCCCAGGAUGUGUCCGACCUACAGAGUAAGACCCGUCUGGUCAAAUGGAAUUACUAUGAAGGCUAUUUUUAUCCCAAUUGCACUGGAUCACACCUUCGAAGUGUGUGUAUCUACGGUGCUGCAGAAUUACGGUGGCUUAUAAAGGAAGGACAUUGGUUUGCUAAUAAAUUUGAUUCUAAAGUGGACCCUGUCUUGGUUAAAUGUCUAGCAGAAAAGCUUGAAGAACAACAGAGAAAGUCGAUCACUUUGUCUUCAGAAAAGUUCAUUACAGAUAGAAAUCCCAGUCACAUGUUAUCAUAAGAUCACUAUGGAACUGGGAGUAUCUGAUACAAAGAGUUAAGUAAGAUGGAGUUGUGGACCCAGGUCUUGCCCAACACCAUCUGAACUUAAACACUUUCCAAGGUUGAACCUUGUAUAGAGUUCCAUGCAUGGACUUUGAGUCUGUAGUUGGUUUUUAAAUGCUGGUUUUGCUUGUUGUCUUACUAAGUCAGAGAUCUUAAAUGUUUAGUGAUAUCACAUUUAUUGAGCACCUAACGGUGCCCCAGGCACUUUAUCAAAAGAUACGCAGGAAUUAACUCUAAGUUGUAGUGAAGUAUGCCCUCAGGAAGCGGUGUUUACCCUCGUAAUGUUCAACUGUGGUGUUUUCGUGUGUCCAAUGUCACAGGGAAAGUGCUAUUGAAGAUGACUUUGCAGUAUGUGCUCAUCACAGGCCACUAGUCCCUGAAAGGGUGUGAGGACGAAGCCAGCCCCCUACCUGUUUCUUAGUCCGGCAACUGAGAUGCUUUUGAACUGUUAGACUAUUAGGAUUCCACUACCUCAGAGAAACUCCAAGAACUGUCUGAUCGCCUGCUUGCCAAAGUAUAACUUACCUUUUGGGACCUCACCUUUUGAUUCAGGGCGGAGAGAAUGCUGUUGGGGUGAGGAUUGUCCAGGAAGGCAAAUGGGCAGCCGGUAGGUGGGUUGGGACAAGUAGUGCCCGAGGAGGCACAAGGGACCUCUUGAUUCAUCUUCUGCAUUUGUUACACAAUAGUGUCAUGAGCGGCUUCCUUUUUAAUUCACUUGUUCUUGAAAACACACACACUGAUGAAAAUAAAACGGAGUACUAGUUCAGAAUGCCACACCGCAGAACCCCAGGCCUAAGCCUCGUGUUUUAUAUGUGAGCAUUAUGGAUGAGACUGUGUCCUUGCCACAGUGGCACACUUGUGAUGAGGCUGAUCGUUCUGUUUUGUGUUGUUUUGGUGAUGGUGGUGGUUUUUUGGUUUUUUGUUUUGCUGGGUUUUUUGUUUGUUUUGGUUUUUGGAUUUGGGUUUUUUGAGAUAGGAUUUCUCUGUGAAACAGCCUUGGCUGUUCUGGAACUCACUCUGUGACCAGGCUGGCCUCGAACUCACAGAGAUCCAUCUACCUCUGCCUCCCGAGUGCUGGGACUAAAGGCAUGCGCCACCACCACCUGGCUGUUUUGUGUAACUAAGCCAGGAAGUUUCCUUAAGAAGACUUUGUGAAAUAUGACAGAGCUUUCUCACUUGGCUCUUGUGAUCACUUAUACAGUUUUCUUUUUCAGCAAAAUGGAAUCCAAAUUCAGUUCAAAAUGGUAAACACUCCAAGUUAGUGUAGCAUUUUUUUCAACCAACCAAGCACCAAAGGGGAUAUUAUUUUCAUUAUUUUACAAAUACUCACACUUAAGAGAAUCAUUUCACACACACACACACACACACACACACACACACACAUACACACAUGC